AUGUGGGAAAAGCAAUGGGAAAGAAGUGGCCCCGCAGGCACCGAGUUAGUGCAGGAGGAGCUCCAUGUGCAGAGCAGCAGCUCCCUGCAGCCCAACAGAGGCCCGUGGUGGAGCAGGCUGUCCCCUGCAGCCCGUGGGCACAGCACGGAGCAGAUCUCCCCGUGCAGCCACGGAGGAGCUCCCGGUGCAGCAGCGGAUGCGGCCUGGGGGCGGCACAGCACGCGGAUACCCCCGGGCCGGAGCUGCAGCCCGACCAGAGCGGCCCGCGGUGCCGCAGGAGGGCCGGGGGAGCUGCUGCCCGUGGGGCCCGCGCUGGAGCAGCGCCUGAAGGGUGGGCCCCGUGGUACGGAGCCGUGCCGGGGCAGCGCCUGGGGAGCUGCAGCCUGUGGGAAGCCCACCACGCGGGAGCCGUUCAGGAAGGACGGCGUCCGUGGGAGGGACCCACGUGGGGGAGGGGCAGCGAGUGACCACGGGUGGCAGAGACGAUGGGUUACACAGUGGCCGCAGCGCGUGUUGCCCUGCACUGCUGGGAGGGAAUGGAAAAGGGUGCUUUUUCUGGAAGACAGUGUAUUUGAUGAAGUCAAAGGGAGUCUCAAGGGGAAGACUAUGAAGAAAGAGACAGAAGUGUUUUACUGCUGCAAACUUUUCUGUGAUAACUGCUGUUUUCAAAUGCCUGAAUUCUGCCAGCUGACCCAAUGGCUGCUGAAGUGAGAAAGGACAGUCCAGGGUGCUGGAUCCUUUGGUCCUUACGGAUUUCAUGGGACGGUGCAGGAAAUAAUAGAACUCUGAAAUAGAAGAGAAGGAAAAGAAAGAGGAGAAGGAAGACAGGACGAAAAAAAGCACUAAUACCAUAUGAGAAUUUAAAGCCUAGUUGUUCUUCAUACUUUUCACCCAAGAGCAACAGAAGUGGAAAAAUAAGAGCAGGAGUUGGGUCUAAAACACUUUAUUUUUUAGGAAGAGAAUGGAGAAAUGUUAAUACGUACAAAUUUCUGGUAUUUCUUUACUUUUUUAUUUUUAUUAUUUUUGCAGAACAUGCUAUAAAACUCCUUAAGAAUCACAGAAUCACAGUUAUUUUUGGUUCGGCUUCAGCUGGUGCAGUUACAUGUUUGUUUGAAGUCUAUAGCUUCUGAUAGACAAAAUGGCCAAACAUUCAGGAUCUUAAGCUUUCCUUCCUGACCUCCAGAGCAUCGUGUGUAGGCACUACUAUUAUGAUUCUUGCUAGAUGUUAUUGAGCCACAGAUUUCAGGUCUCUACUCAGUUUACUUUUACAACAUAAAAGUGGAUAAAUCUUCACUUGAGUUUUUCUUAAGUUCUCCGAUAGGAGUAGGAACAGGCUGAGCCUGAUGAUAGCUGCUGUGUUGUAAACACCUACAUGUAACACUUAUGAAAUACAGGUCCUUGUGUACUCCAUAGCAAAGCUUGUGGGUUGUUUCAGGCAGUAAACCUGUCCAAUCAAGUCUAGGUGAACCAAAGUUAUUCUGAAAUACAGCUUUUAGGCUGUUUAGUAAAUUGCAAACAUUCAGUGAAAGCUGCCUCUUUCCUUGGACAGAAUCCCUUUAUUAAUUUUACUAUGGGAAAAGCAUGGUGUAGACUUUUAAUGAGACAUACAAAACAGUUAUUGUUUUUCACAAAGUCAGCUGUGUAGUGUGUAUCACUCUUUUCCUGAUUUUUUCCUCUGUGUAAUGUUUGAUAAGUGCAGUAAAUCCAAGAAGUGUU